AUUCUGAACCACAUAAACGAGGCCAUGAAAAACAAUCCCCUCAGCAACAAUAUGACCAAAAAAUAAUUGUAAAAAACCACAGAGCACCUUCUUAGCCUCCCUUUUCCAUGGCUUUCACAGCCGCUCCUCACACUUUCUUACUUGGGAGCCCAACAACAACAGCAGCAACAAGAAGAGGAGCAAGAAGAGCAACAACUAGAAAAGCAACAACCCAUGUCAGAUUACACGUGUCAGCAUCACAAGGGCCAAGCAAACAUGAGAGGGCCCCACCAGGAGUUGAUACAAGAAUCCAUUGGGAGAAUGAGGAUGAAGGUUGGAUUGGAGGAAGCAGUGCAAGUAGCAGCAGCAAAGCACAGCAGGCACGAGCAGAGCAAGAGCAGCAGAGCAAUCUCUUGGAAGACAAGUUUGCUGAUUUGCUGAAUGACUCAAUUUCUGAUUCUCAUUACCAGUUCUUAGGAGUAUCAGCAGAGGCUGAUCUAGAAGAAAUCAAAGCUGCUUACCGAAGACUAUCCAAGGAGUACCAUCCAGACACCACUUCUCUUCCCCUAAAGACUGCGUCCGACAAGUUUGUGAGGCUAAGAGAAAUUUAUAAUGUGUUGAGCAACGAAGAGACCCGUAGAUUUUACAACUGGACACUUGCUCAAGAGGCUGCAAGCCGCCAAGCAGAAAUAAUGAGAAUGAAGUUGGAAGAUCCUUAUGUGAAAGAAGUAGAGAAGUACAAACCUGUGCCGGAUAUGGUUGAUCGUCUAGGUGGAAGGAACAUGGCGCUGGGCGAUCAAGCAAUGACUGCUCUCACCAUUGAUGUUUUCAUUAUCAUUUUUGCUAUUUGUUGUAUCAUAUUCGUGAUCUUCUUCAAAGAGCCAUAUUACUAGAUAGCUUGAUAAAUAGCUUAGAAACAUAGCUUAUGGCUAUAGGAACUGAUACAAGUACACAUUAUUAUUCAAGAAAAG